AAUGUUUCCAGAUUAGGCAAGAAGGGCUUUGCUGCUUUGCAGCUUUGCAAAAUGAAACUGGCUUCUACUUUAAGUUUGUUCAAAAUCUUUCUUUGUUUUGGCUUGAAAGAUGACUCAUAUUAACCACUUUUUUUUCUUCUGCAACGUUGAAGUGGUGAAGUACUUUGCCUUGUGCUAGACUACAAAAAACUCACUUCAAAUGGAAUCUGGGUGUCGCUGGCAAGCAUUUGAGUAUAACGGGGCUGCUUAGCAUGGUACAGCAGAAUUAUGAAACAAACCUGGGAUUAAGAAGGGAGGAAAUGGAUAAUAUGCAAUUUUCCAAUGAUGCCCAUUCUGGAGGAAUUGUGGGGAGAAACACAUGCAAUGACUAUAAUGAUAAAGGAGAUCAACCAAAUGUAUCCAAAACAAUUUGCACCGAUGCACGUGCUCAAGAUACAAGUACACCACUUCAGUUUGGAGACACUUCACUUAUAAAUCCUUUGAUUGUUAUCCAGGAUAAUGCACCCAUAAUGUCCCCCAGCGAAGAAGUCAGGGCUGAGAAUCAGGAACGAAGUCAGCCCCUUGCUACGUCUGAAAGGAAAAGCAGCAGAGUUAUGACCAAGUCGCUGUCAUCUUCAUUAGACCACAAUGAUAAUGAAGAUCUUCCCUCAGAGCGGAGAGAAGCAUUUAAUAUUGUAAAUGAAGCUGAAGAGAAGACUUCUUGCAAUGAUCUUCAGGGUAAACUUUACAUUAACAGAGUAUUCAACAUGAGUGCAGAGAAGAUGUUUGAACUUCUGUUCAAUGACUCUCAGUUUAUACAGAAAUUUAUUAAUGCAAGAAAAAUUACAGAUCUUGUCAGUAGUCCAUGGGAGAAAGAAGUAAGUGGUAACCAGAAAAGGACAUUGAAGUAUGUAAUAACCAUCACGAAUCCCCUGAUUGGCAAGUCUUCAACAGCAACUGAAAAACAGACAUUGUGUAAAGAGAACCAGAAUGGACAGUACUACUUGAUUGAUGCGGAGGUGACCACACAUGACGUGCCUUACCAUGACUAUUUUUACACGCAUAACAGAUACUGUAUCAUUCAGACAUCAAAACGCAAGUGCAGGCUAAGAGUUUCAACUGAUGUGUGUUACAGAAAACAGCCAUGGAAUUUGGUGAAGUCUUUCAUACAGAAAAACUCGUGGAGUGGGUUAGAGGACUACUUCAAACACUUAGAAUCAGACUUGUUGAUUGAAGAAUCAAUACACAAUCCAAACUCUGUAGAAUUGGGUCAGCCUGGGCUUCGGAGGCGAAGACGGGCAUACAACCGGAGCCAUGCGGACCAGUUUACUAACUUAGCUUCUUGUCUGGAUGCAGAUGCAAGGGAAAUGUACACAGACAGAGGAAAUAAUUUGGAAAGUAAAUCACUAAUGCAAAAUUGGAACCUUUCAAAGUUUGUGUUGACCAUGAGUGCAAUACUCUUUAUCCUAGCCUUAUUGAAUUUAGGCCUGUUUUUUAAACUUUUGAACAUAGAAGAUAUGGCCCAAAAGGUCCACUUAUCGAACAAGAUUAAAACAUUGGAAAAAUUGAGUGUUGGUUUGGAUCAAGGGAAGAUAACAAAGCAGGAAACAAAACACAAGAAUAAUGCUGAUCUUCAACAUCUGCGGACAGUGAUCAAUGAUUCCAUUUCACUUCUAGAGCAGCUGAAAUGUUCACUUGCAGCGAUUCAGAAGAGUUUUGAACUGCAAAACCAGACCGUGAAGACCCCUCGCACACAGCUCUGAAAAGUGCAGGUGCAAUCUGAGUAUAGUAGAGAAGUGAAGAUAGAAAACAAAAAAAAAUACUUUGUGUUUUAUAUAGUGCAUUUAACAUUGAGAACAACCCAAAAUAGAUAAUGUUCUCAUGCCCUGGUGUGGAAAUCAAACCCACACUGAGUCAGAGCUACUAAAUAUUUGACACAAAUCUACAAAGCAAGAUUUCAACCCUUGGCCAUAAUGUAUUAAAGGUAAAUUCAACUGAUUAAUAUUUGACUGUGGCGUAUGUUAUGUGAAUUCUCCAGAACUUGGAACUUGAUUAAAUCUCAAAACACUGAUGAUUAUACCACUGCACUUCACUAAUCAUUUUUACCGCUGUUAUCUUUUUAUAACAACUGAUUUUUCACCAGUUAAGAAUUAUACAGUUUUUGUUUUGGCUGUAGAUUUUCGUAGCCUUUACUGCAUCAUUUUUUAAUACCAUUUCAAUUGAUGUAGAAGAUGGUGUUAUCCAGUCGCUGCACAUAAAACUUGGCUGGGGUUUGUAUUUAAAAACUUGUGUUAAUAUGGAUUAAAGUGCACUUCAAUUUACAGAAGAAAAUCUAGAUUUUAAAUAUGUUUUAUAAAAGAUUUUUAAUACAUAGUGUCUAAUUCCAAAGCUUGUUUUAAAGGUACCUGCUUAAAACUUGAAAGAUUUUUAAAAAAAGAUGAGGAAGGUUAUGAAGUGAGCUGUCGUGCCACUCAGGGUCAUUAUUUCAUUGUUUACAUUUUAGAAUAUGAAGGAAGAGCUUGCAUUUACUAAUUUUAAUUUGGAAUGUACUAUUAUUCCACUUGAGUUUUUAAUUGGCCUUGGGUUCCUAAUGAAGUCUUGAAGGCAGAAAUUACUCUUGCAAAUAAGUUAAUUUUCAGUGUAUGCAUCUGCUCCCUGUGUUUGCAAUGGAUGCACUUACAUAAAUCAAGCAGUGGCCAGAGGGAUGUCAUACAGAAACAUUAAGUGGUUCUCUGCUGUUAUUACGAACAGUAAUUUCAAUCCUCUUUAUUUUGUGGGGCAGCAGAACUUCAGUGAGAAAACACUCACUGUAGUGGAAGGUUAAAAGAUAGCUUGAGGAUUGAGAAGUAACUCAAGAGUUUCAUUAUGUGACUGAGGCCCAUAACCUGAUGGCCUGCUUUUGGGAUUUGUUUUUGGAAUAUGGUUAUAAUUCUUGCACAAAUUAAUAACCACUUGGAGAAUCAGAUUGAAGAAAAGGAUGUCAGGUUAUCAUUACUGAUGUAACAUGUAUUAUGUACUGGGCAAGGAUGGUAAGGAAAUGUAUGGCAACUGGCAAACUGUAAAUAAAUUUAUGGAAAUAAAUAUUUAGUUUUUUAAUUUUUUAAAGUUCCUAUGAUACCAAAAUCUGUAGAGUGUUCUAGAAAUAAAUCAUAUUGUUUA